GGACGGGGGACUGGGACGGGGACAGGGUCUGUAGGAAAAGGCUGAGGUCAAAGAAGAUGUGUGUCAAAUAGUAAUUUGGGAUGUACUUCUGAUGAUUUGGACACAAGCCUAUAACUAAUGAUGGCUGAUAAAGAAGAACAAUCAGCAUUGGGCUAUAGCUCUUCUACAGUGGGCAGUAAACAGUUGGACAGUUCCCAGCCCUCCUCUCAGGACAGUAAAACAAACAUUUCAGCUAAAGGACCUUCUCAGCCAAACUCUUUACCUCUGAGCAAAUCUUCAGAAGACAAAGUGCCAAUGCUCCGCUUUGGACCAGAGGCCAGGGAGCGCCUCAAAUUCAUCCUCGGAGCCUCUGAGGACAACUCGUCAGAUGAGGAACCUCUGACCACAAAACCCGCAAGCUGCGCACCUCCAUCCACCUCCACUCCAACCAUGGCCCCUCAAAGUACAGACAUUUCUCCCAGCAUAAAGCCUAGUAUGUCUGGUCUUCAUUUGGUGAAAAAAGGCCAUGAACAAAGAAAAAUGGAUCCACCAAGAGAUUUUACAGUGGCUUCUCCAGCUGAGUUUGUCACCCGGUUUGGUGGUAGCCGUGUCAUAGAAAAAGUGCUGAUUGCUAAUAAUGGUAUCGCAGCAGUGAAAUGUAUGCGAUCUAUACGUCGCUGGUCCUAUGAAAUGUUUCGUAAUGAAAGGAUAAUUCGUUUCGUAGUCAUGGUAACCCCUGAAGACCUGAAAGCCAAUGCAGAAUACAUCAAGAUGGCUGACCAUUACGUGCCUGUCCCUGGUGGUCCUAAUAAUAACAACUAUGCAAAUGUAGAGCUCAUUGUAGAUAUUGCAAAAAGAAUUCCGGUGCAGGCUGUUUGGGCAGGUUGGGGUCAUGCUUCUGAAAACCCCAAACUUCCUGAACUCUUGAACAAAGCAGGGAUUUCUUUCAUGGGACCAUCCAGUAAAGCCAUGUGGGCCCUUGGUGAUAAGGUUGCUUCGUCCAUUGUGGCGCAGAGUGCCGACAUUCCCACUCUCCCUUGGAGCGGAUCAGGUCUGAGAGUUGACUGGGAUGAGAAGGAUCAAAAUCUCCAACAUAUAGUUAGUGUUCCUUCAGAAAUAUACAAACAUGGCUGUAUUCAUGAUGUAGAGGAUGGACUUGCAGGGGCAGAAAGGAUUGGCUAUCCGGUUGUAAUUAAAGCCUCAGAAGGCGGAGGUGGAAAGGGUAUUCGUAAAGCAGAAUGCGCUGAUGACUUCCCAAGUUCAUUCAGACAGGUUCAGACCGAAGUUCCUGGCUCGCCUAUUUUCAUAAUGCAAUUGGCCCAGCAUGCGAGACAUCUGGAGGUUCAGAUACUGGCUGACGAAUAUGGAAAUGCCAUUUCUCUGUUUGGACGAGAUUGCUCAAUUCAAAGAAGGCACCAGAAGAUUAUAGAGGAAGCUCCUGCAACUAUUGCUCUGCCAUCUACAUUAGAGCAAAUGGAAAAGUAUGCUGUGAGGAUGGCCAAAAUGGUGGGCUAUGUCAGUGCUGGGACAGUGGAGUACCUCUACUCUGAAGAUGGAAGUUUUCAUUUUCUGGAGCUGAACCCACGUCUGCAGGUUGAACAUCCAUGUACAGAGAUGAUUGGAGAUGUCAACUUGCCAGCAGCUCAGCUUCAAAUUGCAAUGGGCAUUCCACUUUAUAGAAUAAAGGAUAUACGUUUGCUUUAUAAAAAAGACCCAUGGGGAGACUCUGUCAUUGAAUUUGAAAAUCCAGACUGUAUACCAAGUCCAAGAGGCCAUGUCAUUGCUGCACGGAUCACUAGUGAAAAUCCUGAUGAGGGUUUUAAGCCCAGCUCUGGCACAGUUCAAGAAUUAAAUUUCCGCAGCAGUAAAAAUGUCUGGGGUUACUUCAGUGUUGGAGCAACUGGUGGAUUACAUGAAUUUGCAGACUCACAGUUUGGUCACUGUUUCUCAUGGGGUGAAAAUCGCGAGGAAGCUAUUUCAAACAUGGUGGUGGCAAUGAAGGAACUGUCCAUCAGGGGGGACUUUCGGACCACUGUAGAAUACCUUAUUAAGUUAUUGGAGACUGAAAGCUUCAGAAACAAUGACACUGACACUGGCUGGCUCGAUCAUCUUAUUGCAGAAAAAGUGCAGGCUGAGAGACCCGAUACCUUAUUGGGAAUUAUAUGUGGAGCUUUGCACGUCGCUGAUGCAAGCUUUAGGAAGAGCAUGUCAGACUUCUUACAUUCACUUGAAAGAGGCCAAGUGCUACCAGCAGCAAGUUUACUCAACUCUGUCAAUGUUGACCUGAUUUAUGAAGGAGUCAAAUAUUGUCUGAAGGUGGCUCGACAGUCCCCAAACACAUACAUCAUCAUCAUGAAUGGCUCUGACAUAGAGAUUGAUGUACAUAGAUUGAGUGAUGAUGGUCUUCUACUUUCUUAUGAUGGCAGCAGUCAUACCACUUACAUGAAGGAGGAGGUGGACAGCUACCGCAUAAUUGUGGGCAACAAGACCUGUGUGUUUGAAAAGGAGAAGGACCCCACUGUGCUAAGGUCGCCCUCUGCUGGUAAACUGCUCCAGUAUGUUGUUGAGGAUGGAGGCCAUAUAUUUGCUGGGGAAACCUAUGCAGAGAUUGAGGUGAUGAAAAUGGUAAUGACAUUGACAGUGCAACAGUCUGGUUGUAUUCAUUUUGUAAAGAGACCAGGGGCCGUCCUUGAAACUGGGUGUGUUGUUGCCCGCAUGGACCUGGAUGAUCCCAGCAGUAUACUCAAGGUUGAGCUUAACACAUCCGUACUGCCAUCCCAACAACAACUGCUUAUUGUGGGGGAAAAGCUUCACCAAGUGUUCCACACUGUGCUUGAGAACUUGUUCAAAGUUAUGGAUGGGUAUUGUCUUGAAGAACCAUACUUUAGCAACAAGCUUAAACAUUGGGUGGCGACCCUCAUGAAAACACUACGCGACCCGUCAUUGCCUUUGCUGGAGCUGCAGGAGAUCAUGACGAGCGUGGCAGGACGCAUUCCUCCCAGUGUGGAGAAAGAUAUCCGUAAAGUCAUGGCCCAAUAUGCCAGCAACAUUACAUCUGUUCUUUGCCAGUUUCCAAGUCAAAAGAUUGCAAACAUUCUAGACUCUCAUGCAGCCACUCUUCAGAGAAAAGCAGACAGAGAAAUCUUCUUCAUGAACACUCAGAGUAUGGUGCAGUUAGUGCAGAGGUACCGAAGCGGAAUCCGGGGUUAUAUGAAAGCAGUAGUUCUUGACUUGUUGAAGCGGUACUUGGAAGUAGAGAUGCAGUUUCAGCAAGCCCACUAUGACAAGUGUGUCAUCAAUCUGAGGGAGCAAUACAAGCCUGACAUGACACCAGUCCUCAAUUACAUCUUUUCACACGCACAAGUCUCAAAGAAGAAUAUCUUGGUCACAAUGCUUAUUGACCAACUUUGUGGAAGGGACCCAACUCUUGCUGACGAGCUAAUGGCCAUUCUAAAUGAGUUCACCCAGCUUAAUAAAAUUGAGAACUCAAAGGUUGCUCUGAGGGCCAGACAGGUGUUGAUCGCCUCCCAUCUACCAUCAUAUGAACUCAGACACAACCAGGUGGAAUCCAUCUUUUUGUCUGCUAUUGACCUGUAUGGACACCAGUUUUGUCCUGAGAAUUUAAAGAAACUCAUCCUCUCAGAGACAUCAAUCUUUGAUGUUUUGCCUAAUUUCUUUUAUCACACCAAUCAAGUUGUUUGCAUGGCUGCACUGGAGGUAUAUGUCCGCAGAGCCUACAUAGCCUAUGAGUUAAACAGCAUUCAGCAUCACCAGCUUCAGGAUGGAACUUGUGCUGUGGACUUCCAAUUUAUGUUGCCGUCAUCUCAUCCCAACAGAGGGAGCAGCCCUACUCUGAACAGAGUUCCUAUUCCAGUGAACAGUUCAGGCCAGUUCAAUAUGAGACGACAAAGCAGUGAGCUGUUUUUGGAAGGAGCCCUUUCUCCGCCCUGUCAACGUAUGGGAGCCAUGGUGGCUCUGCAGUGUUUUGAUGAUUUCAAAAGAAACUUUGAUGAAAUCCUUUUGAGCUUUGCAGAUUCUUUCUUAGAAAAUGCAUCUUUCUUAGAGUCAUGCUCCAGCUUGUAUGAUGAAGAGCACCUAAAGAAUAUAAGGGAAAAUCCAAUUCACAUCAUUAAUGUGUCCAUAAAAACAGCAGACACAGAGGACGAUGAUGCUUUGGUCACUGCUUUUUCUGACUUCACUCAAUCAAAGAAGGCAGUUCUUUUUGAUUAUGGCAUUAGGAGGAUCACGUUUUUAGUGGCCCAAAAGAGAGAAUUUCCUAAGUUCUUCACAUUCAGGGCAAGAGAUGAUUUUCUUGAGGAUCGCAUUUAUAGAAAUCUAGAGCCAGCUUUAGCCUUUCAGUUGGAGCUCAACCGCAUGAAAAAUUUUGAUCUGAAAGCCGUUCCCUGUGAGAACCACAAAAUGCACCUGUAUCUUGGUGCAGCUCAUGCUCAGGAGGGGGCUGAAGUUACUGACUACAGAUUUUUCAUUCGUGCAAUUAUACGCCACUCGGAUCUAAUUACAAAGGAAGCAUCUUUUGAGUAUCUCCAAAAUGAGGGAGAGCGCCUCCUGUUGGAGGCUAUGGAUGAACUGGAAGUUGCUUUUAGCAACACUACUGUCCGCACUGACUGUAACCACAUCUUUCUUAAUUUUGUCCCCACUGUCAUUAUGGACCCUUCCAAAAUUGAAGAGUCUGUGCGUUCAAUGGUAAUGCGCUAUGGCAGCCGUCUGUGGAAGUUGCGUGUCCUUCAGGCUGAGCUCAAGAUCAACAUUCGCCAAACAAGCAAUGGCAAUGCCAUCCCCAUUCGCUUGUUUUUGACCAAUGAAUCUGGCUAUUAUCUAGACAUCAGCUUGUAUAAAGAAGUCAUUGAUUCAAGCACUGGGCAGAUUAUGUUUCAGUCCUAUGGUGAGAAGGCAGGUCCUCUGCAUGGCAUGCUCAUCAACACUCCCUAUGUGACCAAAGACCUGUUACAGGCUAAGAGAUUUCAGGCCCAAACUCUGGGUACCACAUAUGUCUAUGACUUUCCUGAGAUGUUCAGACAGGCACUGUUCAACCUAUGGGGACCAAGAGACAAAGCUCCUAAAGAUCUGCUCAUGUGUACUGAGCUGGUGCUGGAUUCACAGGGGCGACUAGUCCAGAUGAACCGACUGCCUGGAGAUAAUCAAGUAGGAAUAGUUGCAUUUAAGAUGAGAAUGAAAACUCAGGAGUACCCUGAAGGCCGUGAUAUUGUUGUGAUCUGUAAUGACAUCACUCACAUGAUUGGUUCAUUUGGUCCCCAAGAGGAUGAGCUAUUCCUCAGAGCAUCUGAACUGGCCCGAGCUGAAGGCAUUCCACGCGUUUACAUCGCAGCCAACAGUGGUGCUCGAAUUGGUCUCGCAGAGGAGGUUAAACACAUGUUUCAAGUGGCCUGGAUAGACCCUGCUGAUCCUUACAAAGGGUUUAAGUAUCUUUACCUGACACCUCAGGACUAUACACGCAUCAGCUCUACUAGUUCAGUCCACUGUCAUCAUGUGGAGGAAGAUGGAGAGUCAAGGUAUAUUAUCACAGAUAUUAUUGGAAAGGACGAUGGUCUUGGGGUUGAGAACCUUCGAGGUUCAGGCACCAUUGCAGGAGAGUCAUCUCAAGCCUAUGAGGACAUCAUUACUAUCAGCAUGGUGACAUGUCGAGCUAUUGGCAUUGGUGCUUACUUGGUUCGCUUAGGACAGAGGGUGAUUCAGGUGGAAAACUCCCAUAUAAUUCUGACUGGAGCAAGUGCUUUGAAUAAGGUCCUUGGCAGAGAGGUCUAUACUUCCAAUAACCAACUGGGAGGAAUCCAGAUCAUGCACAACAAUGGAGUCACACACACCACAGUGCCAGAUGACUUUGAGGGUGUUGCCACUAUUUUGCAAUGGCUCUCUUAUAUGCCAAAGAAUAAACACUCCCCUGUGCCUGCUCUAACAAUUACGGAUCCUGUGGACAGAGAGAUUGAAUUCACGCCCACGAAAGCACCCUAUGACCCCCGAUGGAUGUUGGCUGGAAGAGCCGCACCAAAAGGUGACUGGCAGAGUGGAUUCUUUGAUCAUGGUUCUUUUAUGGAGAUCAUGAGUUCUUGGGCAGAAACUGUUGUUGUGGGUAGAGCACGAUUAGGAGGAAUACCUCUCGGUGUAAUUGCUGUGGAAACCCGCACUGUUGAAUUCACCGUCCCAGCCGAUCCAGCAAAUUUAGAUUCAGAGGCUAAAGUUUUACAACAGGCUGGGCAGGUUUGGUUUCCAGACUCUGCAUUCAAAACAGCUCAAGCCAUUAAUGACUUUAACCGUGAACGACUGCCCCUCAUGAUAUUUGCCAACUGGAGAGGCUUUUCUGGGGGCAUGAAAGAUAUGUACGAUCAAGUGCUUAAGUUCGGAGCCUACAUUGUAGAUGCCUUACAUAAGUUCCACCAGCCAGUGCUAGUGUACAUCCCCCCUCAUGCUGAGCUGAGAGGAGGAUCAUGGGUAGUCAUUGACCCAACUAUUAACCCACUGUGUAUGGAGAUGUAUGCAGACCGAGAGAGCAGGGGUGGUGUGCUUGAGGCAGAGGGCACGGUGGAGAUUAAAUUCAGAAGGAAAGACCUAUUGAAGACAAUGAGAAGACUGGAUCCUGUUUAUGCCAGCAUUGCUCAGAAGCUUUCAUCGCCAGAGCUGUCAGAGAAAGAAUGCAGAGAGCUGGAAUCCAAACUUAAAGCUAGAGAGGAGUUCUUGAUGCCCAUCUACCACCAGGUGGCAGUGCAGUUUGUUGAUCUCCAUGACACCCCUGGCAGGAUGCAGGAGAAGGGAGCUAUCACUGAUAUUUUGGAGUGGAAGAAUGUGCGACCGUUUUUCUACUGGCGUCUGCGUCGGCUUUUGUUGGAGCAGGUGGUAAAAUGUGAGAUCCUGCAGGCCAACAAAGACCUGAGUGAUGGACACAUGCACUCUAUGCUGCGCCGCUGGUUUGUGGAGACUGAGGGAACUGUCAAGACUUAUCUCUGGGAUAAUAACCAAGCUGUAGUGGAGUGGCUUGAAAGGCAGUUGUCCACAGAAGAUGGCACUCGAUCAUCAGCCAUUCAUGAAAAUAUAAAGUAUCUUAAGAGGGAAAAUACUCUCAAACAUAUUCGCAGCUUGGUGGAGGCCAACCCAGAUGUUGCAAUGGACUGUGUCAUCCACAUGAGCCAAAAUAUGACUCCAGCUCAGAGGGCAAAACUAUGCCAUCUGCUGGCAACAAUGGAUAACCCAAGCACCAGUUAAGACGAUAUUCUAAUAAAGCAGUGACAAUAUUGAUUGUACAAGUAAAUGUUUAUGGUAAGAUGCACCAGGGAGUUAGAGAUGAUGCCACACCUUGUGCAGAAAUAUAUUAUCAGAUAAAUGUGCUGCCUUCUCACCAACAUUUCAACCUUGUUAGUGAGGUUUUUUACACUGUUGUUAGCUGUUGUGCACUCCACAUCAUUGUAUUUACUGCUGCUAUUGAAAGUAUUACAUUAUAGAUAAAAUGAUCAUGGAUGUACUUUGUAGGAUUCCUACUAUGAUUUAAAUGUAUUGACUUCUCACCAUUUAUUUUCAAUGACUUGUCACCACCACUAUAUAAAACAAGAACACUUGAAUAUGGACGCUUGAUGGCUUAACAAAAGGUAACCAUGAUAUAUACAUAUAUACAUAUAAAAGCUACAAGUGAAGGAAUGUUUGUGGUCAGUGAACCUUUCAGUUUAGGCACAUUACCUUGUAUUUAAGGCCAGUAAGGAGUUGGAGUUAAUGUGCAGCUCUAAGUUUAUCAUUUGACUUUAUAUUUGACUUGUGAUUCAUGUUAAAUGUCCAUGUUUUAUUGCUCACUUGUGAAUUUGCUGUAUGACGAUACUGAGCUACUGUAUGUGACCUUUUUGUUCGUCUAACUCAGGUUUUUGAAAAUGGCAGAAAAUGGUAAUGGUACAAUGUUUCAAUAUUGUAUUUCUCAAGGGCUUAUGCUUAACGUGAUAAAUAACAUGAUAAAUAACAUGAUAUAUUUUAUCAAAAGAACCAGUGUUUAUCCAUUUUAUUUCUUAUUUUUACUGUGAAUUAUUUACACAGUUAACACAGAGUAAUGUGUAAAAUGACUCAUAGUCUCACUUGACCUACAGUGGGCAGUGAGACACAGUAGUUAAAUACAAAGCUUUCUGUGAAAUAUUCAAAUAUUUACAAUGAGAGAGUGAUAAAAUAUCUUCCCCCUCUAAUUGAUUUUAUAAAUAUAAAUAAGAAAAAGCAGUCUAUCACAAAACAAACGGUCCACAGCAGUAUAUAGUCAGGCUAACAGUCAGUCACUUAAAGGUAUAUUUGCUUUUAACAGUUUCUGUAAAAUAAAGUGAAAUUCUUUA